AGCUCUCCAGAGACGCUCGUUCCGCAGCCUCUGCUCGGGCCCAGCCUACUCUUUACAGCUGCCACCACAGCCUGGAGGCGCCUGCUUCCACCCUCCCGAAUGGUGCUCCUCUUUGCAGGCCUCGGCCCAGGGUCCAGGCUGCCUUUGCCCUCUGCCUCAGAGCCGGUGCUCUGGGUCUCUCUUGGUGGAUUCCCCGUGGCUGUCAGGGAAGAACUUUUGUACAGACAAGGCUUUAGCUCUAGGAACCCCACUGACAACUUGAAUCUCAGCCUCUGAGUGUGAGGUUCUCCCUGUGCCCUCUUUUUCUGCCUUUUGAGAAGAGAAACCCUUCUCCUUGCCAUCCAGAGCCCAGGAAGCCCCCAAGCUGGGGCCCUGGUCCCAGCAUGUCAGUCCUCUCUUGUGCAUAGGGCUCUGCCCGCUCCCAGUCAACAUGGCUGAGCUCAGACAGGUUCCAGGGGGCCGGGAGACCCCACAGGGUGAGCUGCGGCCUGAGGUUGUGGAGGAUGAAGUCCCGAGGAGCCCAGUCGCAGAGGAGCCUGGAGGAGGUGGAAGCAGCAACAGUGAGGCCAAAUUGUCUCCAAGAGAGGAGGAAGAACUGGAUCCUAGAAUACAGGAGGAGCUGGAGCACCUGAAUCAGGCCAGUGAGGAGAUCAACCAGGUGGAGCUGCAGCUGGACGAGGCCAGGACCACCUAUCGGAGGAUCCUGCAGGAGUCAGCAAGGAAGCUCAACACACAGGGCUCUCACUUGGGGAGCUGCAUUGAGAAGGCCCGGCCCUACUAUGAGGCGCGGCGGCUGGCUAAGGAGGCUCAGCAGGAGACACAGAAGGCAGCGCUGCGGUACGAGCGGGCUGUGAGCAUGCACAAUGCUGCACGGGAGAUGGUGUUUGUGGCCGAGCAGGGUGUCAUGGCUGACAAGAACCGACUGGACCCCACGUGGCAGGAGAUGCUCAAUCACGCCACCUGCAAGGUGAACGAGGCAGAGGAAGAGCGGCUUCGAGGAGAGCGGGAACAUCAGCGGGUGACACGGCUGUGCCAACAGGCUGAAGCUCGGGUCCAAUCCCUGCAGAAGACCCUCCGGCGGGCCAUUGGCAAGAGCCGCCCGUACUUCGAGCUCAAGGCCCAGUUCAGCCAGAUCUUGGAGGAGCACAAGGCCAAGGUGACGGAAUUGGAGCAGCAAGUAGCCCAGGCCAAGACCCGCUACUCAGUCGCCCUGCGUAACCUGGAGCAGAUCAGCGAGCAGAUCCAUGCGCGGCGCCGGGGCCUGCCUCCCCACCCCCCAGGCCCGCGGCGUUCCUCCCCCGUGGGGGCUGAAGCGGGACCGGAGGACACAGAGGAUGGGGACAGCGGGAUUGAAGGGGCCGAGGGCGGGGGGCUGGAAGAGGGCAGCAGCCUGGGGCCUGGCCUCGCCCCCGACACGGACACUCUGAGCCUGCUGAGCCUGCGCACUGUGGCCUCUGACCUGCAGAAGUGUGACUCGGUGGAGCACUUACGGGGCCUCUCGGACCACACCAGUCUGGACGGCCAAGAGCUGGGACCUCGGAGUGGGGGACGCCGGGGCAGUGAUGGCGGGGUCCGUGGGGGUCGCCACCAGCGCAGCAUCAGCCUGUAGCCCAGUGGCCACAGCUACUGGCUUGACUCUUCCCCACGGGCUGAUCAGGGCCCCACAGGCUUCUCACCCCCUCUUCUCUGGGGUCCUGUCUUCCCUGAGGUCCCCUUCUCCAGUGCUUCCCUGGGAGAGGUUAGCUGUGUCCGCGUCCUGUGUCUGCCCUGGCUUUCUCACCGCCUCCCCUCUCGCCUCUCGCCUCUCCCCCCUCACAAGGCAGCUCUCUCUUCGCCUUCCCUAUUCAGAAGGCUUGUUCUCUGGCGCUCUCAUCUCCCGCACCCUGCAGGCCCCUCCCAGUCUGUAGAGUGUGGACCCUUUGCUGUCCUUUCUAUCUGACCCUCCCCGUCCAUCUGUUUGGCUUUUCCCCUUGGGGAAGCUCGUCUAGAAGGCACAGAGAAGCUCAUGAGAGAAAAUGAGCGCCGGGCCUGAGAGCCUAGCCUGAGUGGAGGGACAGGCGCCCCUCCUGCUGGCCCCCAGCCCCACCCACCUUCCCAAGGCAGCUCUGGAGGGCGCCCUAGGGAUGCUGCUGAGCCCUCUGGCGGCCCUGCACCUCUGCCCUGUUCCAGCUUGCCAGUGUGUGACCUGUAGGAUGUGCUCUGUGCCUCUGGGAGAUACUGCCCUUCCCUGCAGCACUCCCCUUCACGACCUGAGCCACUCUGCUGUGUGUGUCCCAAAGCAGAACUUGCAGGAUGUCGGUGUUACGGAGAGAAACCCCACCCAUUGUCAACAUAGGGAAUAUCACCACCUCCAGACUGGCUCCUGUGGGCAUGGCGUUUCCCCAGCGGGGCUGAGUCCUUAACGUUGCCUAGGUGCUAGUGGGUCCCUAACUGGGUCCGUGUUGAGGGUGAAGGUGUGAUGAGGUCCUGAAGGCUUAGGCCCCUGUCGUUCCCACCCCCUUACACUCUUGCUACUGAGUUACAUUUACUUUUUCUGGGUAGAGGAUGCUAAGCCGCAUCUUAGCGCCCUCCUGUAGGGUGGGAUUGGGGAAUUUGGUGCUCUAUUGCUCUCCCUUGCUCUUCUCCAAACCAAACAAUGCCUACUCCAGGAUACCUUGGGAGUGCUAAAGCUUGGUUGCCAAGCCUCUCACCUCCUUUGGUGCAGGGAGUGGUUGGUCUGGGGUGAGGGGUCCUGCCCUCUACAGGGAGUUGCUCCAGCUGCCUAGCAGUGCCCCCAAGCUGUGUGUAGGGAAGCCACACCAGAUUUGGGUGCCUUGGAAAAGUUGGUUCUUCCUCUUGUCCCAGCCCUGGAAAGCAGAGAGCUCUUGCCUAGCUAGGCCUGUGUCCCACUGCCAGCAACUACUAGAGGAGUGAACCUCUGCGCUCUGCACAGGUGUCCACAAGUGGAGGGAGGAUGGUCACAAUGAGAACCUUGGGGUUUGAGGUGGCCGUGGGUGGAGAUCAGAAAGGGAGGGAAGGAGGACAUGGGUGUGCGUGCGCAUGUGCUAGUGUGUGUGGGGGAAAGGGUCUGCCCUGGUUUUAUUUAAAUAAAG